UUGUCGGACCGAGCUAACUCAUUCCACGUUUAGUGCUGAGACCGUCUACACGCGUUUACGUUCUCAAUAGUGCGAUCGUUGUAUUUGUCAAGAAAUUGACAGCGUGCUAAUCCAGUGUUUAUAAGAAAGCUGUGUUUGUUUGCAAUCAUGUGUGAGAAAAGGACCAGAAAGAUUAAGAAAGGAUCUCAGCUGACCCGCUUACGUGAAGCGAGGCGCAUCCAAAGGCUGCAGAGGCUCUCGUCUCCGUCCAACAGUGAUGACUCCACCACUGUCUCCCCGUGCCCUCAGGGCGUCGACAAAAGUGCCCAGAACAGAGUCAUCCUAGAACUCGCCUGGAAGACAGUCGCGCUCAUGCACAAGAACAGACUCAUCCAACAAAAGAUCAUCGCCUUGAAGAAGGAAACUUCAGAAUUCGUCGCCGCGAUUAUGAACAACCCAGAGAAUCGCAAACGUUACAUCGAACAUAUGCGCAUGUACGGGCCCGCCGCGCAGGUGCAAAUCCAAGAAGUCGAAAACACACCUUUGAAAUUAGAACCUGCUGCGUAAAUUUGCCACCAUUUUGGAUUUUCGAGCACAUGAAUGAAUGAAUGAAUAAUGUUAUUUUGUUUUGAAUGAACGGAGACCGAGUGUGUGAACUAAACCUGUUGUUGAGUUGUUUAGCUUUUUAUCUUUACUUGUAAACCUUGUAGUUUUAAGGUCAAUAAUGUCUGACAUUGACAUUAUUAUAUUGUGAUCAAAUUAUAUAAGAAUCAUUGUUGAAAUCGUUGAUUCCGUAAUUGUUCUAGUGAUUAACUUCAAAAUUGUACGAUUCAUUCGGGAUAGUAUUCUAAAUGUUUAAGAUUGCAACAAUACAUAUUAGUGUUUUCACGCGUAUAGUAUUGAUUUAAACUUUCCUACCAGCAAUAAUGUAAAAUGCAGUGUCUUAAGUAAAAAGUUGUGGCUAAUAUAACUUCUUGUUGUUAUAGAAGUAAGCUAUAAGGAGGUUGUAAGACAGAGGCUGUUAAUGUUAUAAGGUAGUCAGUCUUCGUACUAUUGUGGUUUGUGAAACAUCAAGUAUUGUCGAACAUCGUAUAUUGCGGUACCCCGGUAGCAUAAGGAUGGAUAUAAAAAAUGUAGGUAGUAAGCAACCAAAUUCCUAUUGUUCCCAGUUUAAACGUGCUUCUACUACUGAAAAAUAAAGCGCAAUUGUCAAAUCGAAUAUUGGAUAAGCACAAAAAUUCAAAAUUAAUUAGAAAUCUAUUGUUGGUAAUGUUGUCUCUUUAUUCAAUUAGUACGAAGAUCUCGAAAGAAUGGUUAAAAUACUCUUAGCACGUAAUUUAAGUUAGUUUAUUUUAGAUUUAAAUAAUUUCUACAAUACUAUCUUUGUAUUUGUUAAGCGGACACGCGAUGUUAAUUGGACCAAGUAUUUUUUAUUUAGUUUAUCAAAUUAGUUUUAUGUUUAUUUACCAUUAUUAUUCUCCAGUCCUCAGUCACACCGCUGCAGAUGACCGAGCGAGUUCAAAACAAAUCAUUGUUCGCUCAUUUAAUUCAUAUGCCGUGCCCUUUAUAAUUGACAGCUUAUUUAGGUUAUAACUUUGUAAUUACGUUCUAGUAAUCCUGAACCACCGAAUUGUGGAUGUCCCUGUGUGAAAAAAUAUGUAUGUUGAAUACUGUCGAAAUCAUACUAGGUUUAGUGUCUGAAGCUCGUCAAAUUCAAAGACUAUAUUUAUUUUAACCGUGUUCUAGUUCGGUGUGACCUCAGCUCGAGUUUGGGGUCAUUAACCUAACAGGAAUACACACACUGCCAUCUAGCGGGUUUAGAUGUAGUUUCCAAUUACUUGGCCCAAUUGAUCCGAUGCGCGUGCAGCAAGCCUUAACCUAGAUUGCAUUUAAUAGAAAUUAGUUAUAAUCAAGAAUGCACAGAUCUACCAAACACUGUGUUCAUUUUAAAUGUACGUAUUUAUACUGAGUUCAGUAUAUAUCACAAUAAACAUAACUAUAAGUAUUACACGCGACGUUUUUUUAUCUUUGUAUAAUUUUGUUGAAGCGUUUCGAAUGCGGUGUAAGUAGGCGUAAGGAUUCUAAUAUACAGGGAGUGCGAAAUUCUAAAAUGAAUCCUGGAGUUAAGUAUUAAACGACUAAUUAAGUUGUUAUUUAUAAUUUAUUGCACAAGGCUCCCUCUUGUUUGUAUGUAACCUAAAAAUCUUGGCUUUUUGUGGUUAACUUAGAUCAUAAGUCAAUUUUGAAAAAUACACUAGUCUCUUGAAA